UGGCCCUCAAUACAAACAAGAACUGUCCCUUCCUCUAGACUCUAUUCUUCUCUUAUCCACAACACUCCAGCCAACUACGUACUUAGUGCUACUGCCUCCGUGCACCCACGGGUGACCUGCCUCCUCGAGCACUGCGCUGCGGCGUUGCCAUGCCCGAUGAAGGCUCGUAUGUUGGCGGCUCCUCGUCUGUCGCGCUGUCGCUGUCACCUGACCCACUCUCCUCCUCCCAUAUAACGUCUUCUAGGGAGAUGGCCACGCCGCCACGAGACGCUGUCGACCUCUGCUCAUAGGCAUACACACAAAGAGAGACACAGCGAGGGAAGAGGCGGGUGGUGUGUGUUGGGGGGCUUUGCCGUCUAUGUCGUCUGACCUUUCUGGCGCUGGCCCGCCUCGAAGAAGAUCGGCGCCGCAUGAGGCUGUGUUGCCGCUCGCUCAGCACAAAGUAGGUCCGCAUCUCACCUGCCAUACAACAAAGGUGGAGAGACAUGUUAUUGAUUGAGAUGGAUGGCAUCGUGGUGCGAGUGGCGUACUACCUUUGCCUUUGACAUAGAUGGUGCCGCGGUCCUCACACUCAAAGUCUUGCUGCACACGACAGACAGACAGACAGACAGACAGGAGAUGAGUGGCACCGAUGUGCUAUCACCUGAAUGAGUUUGUAUGUGGACUCCGAGAUGUGCACACGACUGGGCUCGCCGUGAGACUGCGUGAGCAAUGAAUGAGUGAGUGGGGACAAAUGGGGUGGAGUGCCAGAGUGUCUCUUCUGUGUCUUGUGUGUAUGUGUGUGUGUGUGUGUGUGUAUGGUGAGCACCUCCAUUCGUGAUGCGGUGUUGAUGGCAUCACCUGGAUGCAGGCAGGCAGGCAGGCAGACAGGAGAAAUAAGAGAAAGGCUAUUCAUUCAUCAGACAAGCAGUGCUCUCACCCCAGACGUCAUAUGUGAACUUUUUGGUCACGAUCACACCGGCCACGCAGUUCCCUGAACACCAACCAACCAAAGAGACGGACACAGCCAUUCACCCAUCAAGCUUCUUGGCGAGCCCAGCCAACGCUGCACGAAUGGAUCCAGUCAUUCACUCACCGCUGUGGACGCCGAUGCGUAUCUGUAUCUGCUCGUGAAGGUCAUUCCGGAACUGCUUCAUCGCAACCUGGGGCGACACGUACGCGUCAUAAGAUACGAGCGGUGUGUGCCCUCUGUGUGUGUCUGGCUGACGAUCAUCUGGAGUGCCAUUCUGCAGCAGUCCCUUGCGUGGUGGUCGCUGGGCAAAGGCACGCCCCCCGCGGCCAUGUACGCGUCGCCGAUGGUCUUGAUCUUCUCCAGACCAUUGGCCGCCGCACACCCGUCGAAGACGACAAAUAUCUUGUUCAAAAGGGCCACCAGCCUGCACUCAUUCCCGGGUGCCGCUGCAUGGACGGACCUGUGGCUGGCCUGGUGUGUUGUAUUGCAUUACUUGAUCGGUGAGAUUCGUGACGACAUGACUGUGAAGCCAACGAUGUCUGCAGACAGGCGGAAGAGGAGGAGACGGACAACGAGCGGCCUCCGGCAUCAUUCUGUCUCUCUGUCUGUCUGUCUGUCUGUCUGUCCGCCCAUGAAUGCACGCACCCCACCUGAGAAGAGGAUGCUGGCCUCAUCGAAGGCCUCGGCCAUGUUGAGCCUGAGAGACACACGUCGCUCCAGCCUCCAUAUCCCCUUGCCCCUCCCAGCGGCCCCCCGCCUACCUGGCGUCUGAGUCGGUCAUGAACUUCUGCACGACAUGUUUGGGCAGGAUGUUGAGCAGCAGCGCAUCGGACCGCGCAUUCUCCGCUAUCACCUGACACGGCGCGCCAUGACACAAUUAUUUAUCGACCCUCAUGUGAUUGAUGCGAUGAUCGCAUCCGUGCUCACUGUUUUGGCGAGCAGGAAGUCUUUCCUGGCCUGGACCUCCAAGAUGUAGUUGAGGACGAGGAUCAUCAGACACCGAUACGCGGCGUACUGCACACGCAGUGGACAAUUCAGGCAUACGCUCUCCUCUCCGCGUGAUCUUUCUGUCCGUGACUUCUUACUUACUGUCCACUCGUAGUAUCUUGUGAAGAUGUGGUCCGGCUCCGCAAACUCGUCCGCAAACUCGGAGGCCUAACAAGGAGGGCGGAGUGAGGUGAGUGUGUCCGCAUAUGUAUUCACUGAGGUGCAGUGCAGUGCACUCGACUCCCAACUUUCCUUGCCGUGGCCAGCACGGCAAAGAUGGCGCACAGGCCAAGGAAGACGAUGAACCUGGUAGAUCGAUCGGCCGAUGAGUUAAAAGGAAUGUCACGUGUGCGCCUGUCUGUCUCCCAUCCCUGCCGAGCCGAGCGCCAUGGAUGGAUGGAUGGCCUACCUACCGAAUUCUGAAUAGUGUGCCUGCGAUAAUGAGGAAGGCCACCACAGUGUCGUUUUCGGUGCCCGAUCUGCCGUGUUGGGUAGUGAUCCUCAGGCGCAUAAGCAGCAGCAUGGUCAGCCUGACACAAACAAGGAUGAGAUUGAGGCAUAUAUCUGUCACUGGAUGCUUGGUUCGUUGCUUGUACCCACAUGGUGCCGAAAACCAUCAUGGCCAUGUUGGCUUGCAACCGCCGCUUGAACCAAUCUGGUGGACACACCCCACCCACAAGACAAGACAGACCUCGAUCACUGUCAGACGCCUACGCAUGAUGCACACAGAGCUGAGUGCUGGCUGACUGACUUUUGGUGGUGUAGAAGAGCAGCAGCACCAGCACACACCACGGGAAGAUCACACUCUGACCACAGACACACCACGUAACAGACAGACAGACAGACAGUGAUCCCUCCAUCUCAAUCAGUACUGGGUGUGUCUCUGUGUGUGGCUAACACGCCAUGGAUCAUUCGCAUACUCUUCCCUUUGGCCAUCCUCUGCAGCGGAGCCGUCACGCUCGCAAUGAUCGCUGAACACACAAGGGCACAUGCGUCGGUUGGCAGUGUGUGUGUGUGUGUGCCGGCUGGCAGAGUGCUGUGUCUCCCAUGCACACCGACCGAAUGCGGUGAGCAUCCACAGUGCGAGCACCACCAGCUUGACCGACCGCCGCACAUAGUCCUCCUGAAAUGUCGUCUGAGACUCACACACAUCAACGUUCGCGAUGGAUGACCCAUACGGACAGCGACGACACAGAAACAUGUGCUGUGUGUCUGCCUGCCUGCCUGCCUGCCUGCCAGUGUGGAUUGGCUACCUCCAUGUCUUUUUGUUCGAACUCCAGGGUGAGAAAGUGCAUCGACGCCCCGUGUCGCUGCCAUAUGUCCUUGCGCUUGACGCGGCUGGCGUCCUCACUGUAGCCCUCCUGAAACAACUUGAAACGACGCGGGAGAAGCCUGCGCAUAGCAUACACGUGGAUGAAGUUAACACGACGGCCGUUUCUUGCAAGGCGUGCAGGGGCGUAUGUACUCUCUGUUGAAGGUGUAUCUGAGGAGUCCGGUGCUCUUCCUCUUCUUGCCCCCCACAAGAUUCUCCAACACUAUCUCCUCACUGAAAAGACAACCAAGAAGGAGACGCAAGCAAGGCUAAAGCUGUGUGUUUGUCUGGGUGUCCGUCAGGUCAUGCAUCUGUUUGUCUGUCUGUCAUGUUGUCUGCGUACAGUUGUGUGGCGUCGGUAGGGUGUCUGGAAGUCCCCCUGAACGACUCCCAGAAGCUCUUCCGCACGGGCGACUGACCAGACGGCGACUUGGGCACCCCCAGUUGACCAGCAGCCGUGGCCGAGGUGAGGGAGCCGCCCUUCCGUGGCUGGUCACCCGCCUCCACAUCCACCUCCAGAGCCGCCAUGUUGGGAGCGCUCGCGAACCCAACCAUCCUGCUAGGGGAGUGUGGCCGCGGGGGGACCGCAGCAGCAGCUGCAGGCGCUGCAGGCGCUGGUGGAGUUGGCUCAGGGGGUGCUUCAGUGUCGAAGGGGCCGCCGAAGGAUGUGGUGCGGAUUUGCUCUGCGCCGGCCUCUUGUUGCGGCUGCACUGGGUGCUCCUCCUCCUCUUGUUCUGGUGGGAGUGCAGGCAGGAGGGGCUGCUUGCCUCUGCUCUCCGAUGUGGAACCGGUCUCCAUGUUAUCGCCGUCCGUGUCGGGAGAAAGAGAGGGGAGAAGAGGAAGAGGG